CAACAUAAAAGAUGCUGUAGACAAGCUUAACUUUCCCGCAUGUAUUUUGUAUUUGGCAUGUAAAUAAGACUACAUUUUAGUGGUAGACUGGUAGUUUAGCAGAUCUUAACCUUUUAGGCCUCCUUGACUUGGAUUAAGUCUAUGGUGGUUAUUCCAGGAAAGAAAAAGGCUGCUGGCGUAAGUUAUGAAGCCCUAAGCAAACAUGGCUACAAGGGUGGUUUUUCAGUCUUGGAUGUUCCUCCUCCAAGUACAGUUGCAAACCAGGAACAAGACUGGUCUUGGUCUGAUGGCAAGAAUCGUUCGACCAGCAAGGAUGCUGAAGAAACAUAUGAAGAACGUGAAAGGACAAGAGACGCAGUAGCUGAGGGUGAAAAACUGUUGAAUGUGCAGACGAGGAAGGAAAAGAAAAAUCUUUCUUUCUCACAAAAGGAAAAGAGGAAGAGAGAACUUGGUCAGGCCAGCAGGGGGAAGAGCUAUGUUGAAGAGGAGAAGAGGCUGCUGAGGGACCAGGGCGUCUACUCUGGUUUUGAUUCUUGAAAACAAAUGAAGUACUCUUAUCCCCUUGGUGUGAACUCAUGUUUACAUAAACUUGUUCAAAUAUCUUUAAAAAAAAAAAAAGAAUCCUCCUUAAAAGUGUUAGUGUGAUUUUAUGCUUGUGCAUGGAAGCCAGAAAGACACCAGAAUGAUGAUGACCUGCUGUCUUUAGCACAUUUUCUCUUCGUUUGAAGGCCCACCUUGCGCCUGCAUUAGCACGCAUGUACUUCACAUUCUUUGUUUCCUGCUUUUGAGAGCUUUCCUGUUUAUGGUUCA